CUCCGCGUAGCGCUCCGCAAGCUCGCCGCGCCUGCGGCUGCCGCUGCGGGUGUCGCCACUGCUGGCGGCGCGGUCCACGCACAGGAGGAGCGCAGGCGACCGGCGGCCGGCGCGAGAGACGGCGCGUGCUCCGGCGACGCUGCCCGCUGCUCCGCGGCCGCCGCUUCGCCUGCGGAGGCCGCGAUACCGCUCUGGCAGACGGCGGCCAACCUGGUGGCUGCCAACCCGUUCAAGUCGGUCUUCGGCGUCGCGGCGCCGCUGUACGCCGCCAUCUUUGCGUACGAGUGCUCGUCGCCCGCAACCAAGGACCUCCCGCUCUCGCAGCGGCUGAUCCACACGCGGGUAUACGGGCAGGCCAUCGCGAUCGGAGCGACGAUCGCGGUCAUGGCGGUCCUGAACGCGCAGGAGAAGCGCGGCGGCCUGCCGUACGGCCAGACGGAGGCCAAGCCAAAGCAUUCGGAGCUGACUCGCCUGUACGACGGCACGAUGCGCCGAGCGAGCGGCAGCAGCAGCUUGCCGCAGGGCUUGCACGACCGGCAGGCGUGGGCGGCGGAUAACGUCGACAACUACGGCCUGAAGAUGGAGCAGGUGAUCGUGCCGCUGCUGUACAUGCCUGCCUUCCCGCUGACCUUCAUACUCCUCCGCUCGCGCGUCAGACCCGAGACGCUCAACAAGGUGCUGGCCUCCAUGAUCGCUAUCGCCGCCUCGCACGCCGCGUGGAUCCAAUUCGGCGACUCGUCGAUGACUGGCGCUUGAGGAUCCCGACCUCCACAUCCCGCGCUCCGAUCCUCCGUGAUGACUUUGCCUUCGCGAGGAGUGGACUCGCGCGUCGCCGCGCCGCCUCUUUGCCGCCGAAACGUACACCAUGGCUGCUCUCCUGCCACCUUGUGCCAGUACUCUCGAGGUGGCCGGCGCGGGGGCCACACACAUGCGACACAACGACGUUGCGAGCCGCGAGCCCCGCGGUAGCCGGUGGCGCUAAACGCUGAUGCGCCCGACUCCCGCCCGGGCGCUCGCGGUGGCCGCGUGUGUGCCAGGCCGGGGUGAUGUACACUCGUAUGCUGGCUCUCUUUUUCUUCUCUACCGACAUACAUGGAAAUCUC